UAUAUAGCCUUUAAAAGAAAACGAUACGAAAUAAAAAUGUGUUAUUAAAAACCCACAGAAAAUUUCAUAAACCAAUGAAACCUUCACAUCAAGCACCACAUCAUUUUGCUGGUUGAAGGAGUCAACUUGGUUGAAGGAGUCAACUUAAAGGUUUUGCAUAAGCAAAAUACCAUGCAAUCGCAUGGUCAAAAUGGCCUUCAAACAAAAAGUAAUACCUCAAAAUUUUGCCUUAAAGGUGUUCCUCGCUCAAAUCAAAAAGUAUGGAAUCAAAAAGUAGGAAAGAAAGCAGAGUUAGAAAAGCUUUUACUAAGUGUCCGCCUUGAUACUGACACUUCAGAUGUUCCACUGUAUUCCGAAUCGUAUGAACCUUCUGUUUGCCUGCCUUCAUCAGGUUAUAAAUCAGAUCCAGAAAACGUCCGCAACCGCAUAAGAACAUGUUAUUCUGCCGACGAAAUGUCGCCUGAUCAAUCUCCUAUAAGAAAGGCUGAAAGUAAAUUGUACGAAAAUGAUUUGACAAUCCGUCGCACCAAAUCAUUGAAUCAAUUUUCAGUAACCGAUCGAAUAAUGGAAAUUAAAAAAAGGUUGGGUAACACAAAACCAACCAUAUAUCCAAAUAAUUCUGCAGGUGAAAUUUCGUCCAAAAAGGUUUUUCCCAAAAAUUAUUAUUCAAAUGUGUUUGAAAAAAGGGAAGUUUGUUGUAGAAAUAAAAACGAAAAUAAAGUGGAACAUCUCGGCAAUAAACAACUUAACGCGGUGCCUGUCAGAAGAGCUCGGUCUUUUAACAACGUUGAUAAAGAAGUUUUAUCUAGGAUACCUCUUUCUAAAAGUAACGCUCAAUCAAAAACUACCGAAACACGACGUAAUUACGACGAAUUGAGUAAAAAAACAGAUAAAGAAAGUAUUUCUAAUUUGACGGAACGCCGGUCACGGUCAUUUAGUUUAUUGCAAAAUGUUUGGGAAAAAAGAGAAAAUUGUCCAGAAAACUCGUUAAAAAACAAUGAAAUAGAAAAUGACUCAUCAAAGCAGUGUUGCGAAAUAAAUAAACAUAAAAGAAUGAGUUGGGAUCGUUCCGAUUCAGAAACAGAAGCCGAGGAAACUUAUUUGACAAAAGCAGCAUUACAACGUCUAGAAAGACGUUCCCGUAGUCAUAUUCGAAAUCGAGAUAGGUUUUUUCAACAAAAAUAUGCUUAUGAUACGAACAACAAUGACUUAAACUCUAACUUAUCUGAUAAAACAUUAGACUCGGGUAUUUUUGAUUUAGCAGUAAAUAAUUUUUCUCAAAACAUCCAGCAGCUAUCUAAGCAGUACAACUUUAACGAUUACCACCACGAAGAUUCUGUAAGCUUGAAUUCAGGUUACAGCUCUGCCUCAGACAGCAUUGCUGAAAGUAUAUCAGCUUAUUACGAAAGUCCUGACGAUGAUUUUGAUUCAAAAAAAAAUCAAAAAAAUAAUACAUUAAAACAUUCAAAUAACUCGUUAAAAACAGGUUUACCUAUUUCUGCGUUUAGAUUUAAUAAAGUAUCACAGAGUAAAAACAGCAACGAUAAAAGUUUGUUGACACGAGAAAAUAGUAAAAAAACACCGACAAAGAUUCUACAAACGACUGUUACAGAUGAAGAGCUAAUGACGAAAACAAACAGUAUAACAUUACCGAUACGCGCUAAACUAAACAAUAACUUUAUUUCAAACUCAGUCGAGAACAGCAGGAGCCUUAAUAAAAUUCUGCCACAAAAUUUAGACAGCACUUCGAAAACAUUGUCAGAAAAGUUAAACAACUGCGAUACGAGCAAAGCAAAUGUUACAGGUCAAAAUAAUCUUAAAGUAGUAAGCGUCGAUGAAGAAAAAAAAAACUCGACUACAAAUGUGACAACAGAAUCAAAAAAGCAUCAAGAAAAUACCGAAAAUUCCCAUACAAAUUCUGGGAAACGGAUUAAACAUUUUGACUCGUCUAAAAAUAAGCAAUUAUCUGAUAAUCAAAGUAAAUCCGUUUGUUCAAGCAAAGAAUUUUGUUCUAGCAAAGAAUAUCAUUCAAAGAACGUCACUGAGCUGGAACAAACAAUGAAUACUAAUUUGAACGUAAACUCAAUCGCAUCAAAUUUAACGAGUCACGAAAAUAAUGCGUGUGUUAAGAAAAUCGAUGGUUUACACAUAAAAUUAGCAAAAACUGUGACAUCGCCGUCGUUAAAGACUUUAUUAGACGUUCGUAAAAACGACAAAAAAUUAAACGAGCUUGAAGUUCAACUUGUAACUCAUAAGCAAACUAAUUUUAAAAAUGAUAAUAAACUAAAAACCGAAAAUGCAUGCAUUUCAGACUCUUUUGAUCAAAGUGAUAAACCUGCCGUGUCGUUUAACAAUCCUACAGUAAAAAAUAAUUUCAUAGACAAGUCCAACACAGAUCAAAAAGUUAAAACUAACAUAACUAAAGGUGACACGUUAGAAGUUAAAAUAAAUUUUUCUGCCACACAAUUAGCUUCACUUGACACAGUCAGUCAUAAAAAUACAAAUUUUCUAAAUAAACAACUCACUAAAACUCAAAUUAGCCCAUCAAAGUUUUCCACAACAGAAACUUGCCAAGAAUCAGAAGUUUCAAAAAAACUUGAUGCAGAUCAAGAGAUUACUCUAGAAAAGUUUUUAAGUACAAACCCUGAAUCCCUUCAAACCGACACUUUAACAAGUUUAUCUACUCCGAGUGUAAGAAAUCUUUUAGUUCAUCGUGGUAUCCAGUGUUCUUUACUUAAUGAUCAAGAGAGUAGAAUAUUGUUUACUGAAAUUUUAGUCGCUGACACGACACACAAACACUUUAUCAGUAAAGAAAUCGCUGAUGAAAUAGGGUCGGAUAUACUAGAAGAUAUUCAGUUUACAUAUCCACAAUACCUCAUACCACCCGGAGAAGAAAUAGACGACAAUUAUUUUCUAGAAAAUAUAGACUUGAAAAAAGUUCAAAUGGAAAACAUCAAAUUACAAACAUUGUUGCUGGAAGUGGAAAAAGCACGAAUGAGCAGUGUUAAGGCCUUACUUCACGUUAACAAUGCUCUUAAUAAAGUCCAAAGUGAUAAAACACAAAUCGAAAGUGAUCUAAGCGUUUGUCUAUAUGAAAAAGAAGUUCUGACUGAAAGUUUAGCUCGAUUUAACUCAGCUGGCCAAAAUCAUAGAACAGAACUUGAUAACAUAGUAAAAAAAAAGGACGAAGUUCAAGAUUCCAUAGAUUCAACUUCUGAUGCUAUGUGGAAGAAAGAGAAGCAAGAACAAUGUGCUCAAGCAGAAAAGUUCAAACUAGAAUGCAACACUGAAAAAGAAACGAUUCGUUUAAAGUCACAAUACAAAAAAGUAAAAGACCAACUUGAACAAUCCAACAAUGCUUUUACUACAACACUAAAAAAUAAUUUAGAAGCUGCAAAAAGAAUGGACGAGCAACUUAAGGUUUGUCUAGCAGAAAAAAAACAGCUAGUAAUCAAGUGCAACGAAGGGUCAAAAAUUGCUAAAGAACUAGAAAAGGUGAAACAAGAACUUGAGGAUUUAAAGCAAAACCAAGAAGAGAUUGAAGAUGAAAAAGAAGAGCUGGAAAAUAAAUGUAAGCAUUUGGAAAAGCAAAAAAGGCAAUUAUUAUUAGAACAAGAAGAGCUUCAUGAGCAAAUUGGUCACUCACAAGAAAUAAUAGAAAAACUCACUGAAGCAGAAGAAGAACUAGCUGAGAGGUUGGAAAAGGCUUUAAAAGAUAAAGAAUAUUUACAAGAGUGUCUUGAAGACAAUGGACAGAUAUUGUAUCAAAUGCAACAUAGGCAAAAAGCUCUUAUUAGUGAUAAAGAUGCUCUAUCAGAUAUUCUUAAUGCAGAGGUUGAGGAAAAAGAAUCACUACAGAAUACCCUUCAAGAGCGAACCGAAGAACAAAAGGAAUUGUGGGAUAAAAUCCAGGACAUUACAAUAAAACAUUCAACUGUGACAGAAAGUUUACAGCAAGCGAACAAAAAAGAAAAGAACUACCAGGAACAGAUAGAAGCGCUUACCAAGACAAAUCACAUACUUCAUUAUUCUCUUGAAAAAGAAAAAGAAGAAAGAAGUGACCUUCAAGAAAUUUUCGAAGUGAUGGAAAUGGAACAUAAGAAGUUUAAAACAGAAACAGUUGGCAAAGUAAGGAACAUGGAAGGAAAAAUUGAGGAUUUGACAAUAGAAAAUUCAAAACUCACACAAAUGAAAAAUGAAUUAGCAUUAAAAUGUGAUGAACUGCAGAGUUCAGUUGCAGAAAAGGAGCAACAGAAUGCUGUGUUAAUGGAAGAUAUAAAAUCUACUGUCCAAUCUAAAUUAAAAGUGGUCAGCGAGCUUACAAAUUUAAAAGAAAGCGUGAAGGAAACUGAAAAGAGCAUCUUAGAAAAUCACCAAGCGUAUCUAAAUUUAGAAUUGGCCUUAAAAAAAGAAAAAGACCAAAGUCAAUCUCUAACUCUUACUUUAGAAGAAACAGAAACUGAGCUUGUAGAUGCUAACAAAAAUCUGUACGAAACUAAAACAAAACUGAGCGAGUCAAAAUCAGAAAUUGACGAUUUAAACAAGGUUGCCAAAGAACGAUCUCAAAUUAUUAGAGAACUUGAAAGAAGUUUAGAAGUUUCUAAAGAACAGCGAGAUAAAUAUUUAAACAGAGUCCAUUUUUACGAAUCAGAAACUAAAGAACUGCGAAAAACCAUCAAUGAACAAACUGACGAGAUAGAAAAGUUUAAGUUUGAUUUGCAGCGCGUUUCUCGAGAGAGAGAUAUAAACAAACGAAACUAUGAUAUGUCUGUUCAAGAUUUUGAAGCUCAUAAAAUAAAAUGCGCCGAAAACCUAAAAAAACUAAAAGAGGAGAUUGUCGAGUUAAGUCACAAAAUAAUGGAAAAAGAUCGGCUGCAUCUAAAGCAAAAGACACAGUAUCAAGACCAAAUAGAUAGCACGCAACACGAUUUGCAAUUUCUGAAACAAAUGAUUGAAGAGGCAGAUUUGCGAAAACACCAAGGGAUACAAAAAUUGCACCGUGAAAUUUUCAACGACGGCAAAUCCCACGAGAAAUUAGAUUUAAACUUUUUGCGAAAGUCACACGAUAAAUUUCGAGAUGAUUUUCAAAACAAUGUUGAAAAGUUAGAAGAUAUUUUAAAAGACUCUAAAAUGUCGCCUGACUCAAUAUCUGUAGUUCAAAGUCCAAUGUCAAAAAUAAAACUUGAAGAGUUGAAACAACUUCGAAGCGAGGUGUACGAAAUCGCUAUUGAAAUUAGUAAGAUAAAAGAAAGAUUAACACAAUAUUCUGCUAAUGUAUCUCUUUUAAAAGUUAACUUGAGGUCCAGAUCAUUUCAUACAACAUUAAAUGAUUUUUCAAACGAUAGAAACGAAAAAAUUGCUCAAUUCGAUUCGGAAUUGUCAAUUUUGAUGGACUUGAUGACAAAAGUCGAAAAUCGUCACAAAGGGAUUAUGAAUCGAAAUGUUAUUCUUUUGCAGCGAUCGUUAGAUGAAGAGGAACCUGAAAAAGAACUAUCAAAGAAACUAUUAGAUACUCUUGAAGGAGAGAACAAACAACUAAAAACUUUAUUAGGGAUUUUAAAGAAUAAAUAUAAUUUUGACGAACAUGAACUAGCAAUAGAGCUCAAAUUGGUCUCUGAUGAAAAGGAAAUAUUAUUUAACCAAUCAAAUUACGAUUUUGAUUGUGUAACGUCAAACCCAGCUCCGUUUGUAAAUAAAACGUUGUUGACACAAAACGGGGAAUGCAUUGAUGCAAAAGGAGAUGCGCCUUUGACAAAGGUGAAUCAAAACUUUUCAAUAAGUUCCAAAGUGUCCUUACAAAAUUCAGAAGAGGAAGACCUGACUUUGCCUCCGCAUUUACCAACGAGAAGUUCUUCUCUUUAUAAAAAGCUCAGGAAAUAAUCGAAUUU